AUGUCCCACAUGCACCUGGAAUCCACUCCCACAAACCCUAGCUACUGCACCCUUACUCUUAAUGGCGGCCGCAAAAAGAGUGCUCCUUUUCAAAGGUCUCAACAUCCUCAUGCUACCUCCUGCCGGCACUUCCACCUUGCCCCCCAGCCCCAGAUCUCCGCAGACUUCCCCCUGUCUCAUGCCGUCCAGCCUCACCUCACAGCCGCUCACCAGCACAACAGCCCACUUCACUCGUCGCUGCCAACUUUACCUACCCUGCCAUUCCAGGAUGUGACGGGACCUCCGUUCCUACCUCAAGCCCUUCACCAGCAAUAUCUCCUCCAGCAGCGGCUCCUCGAGGCUCAACACCGCAGGUUCAUAUCCCAUCCCAGGGAUCUGAGUGUCGAUGCUGGUCUCAGUCACAACCAGUUCCAGGUCAGGCCAGUUCCUCAACAUUAUCAGCAUUAUUUAGCUCCACAAAGGAUGCAUCAUUUCCCCCAGAAUACAUCCUCAACACAGAUGGUUGUCCACGAAAUCAGAAAUUACCCUCAGUUUCAGCUGCUUGCUCUUCAGGGACUGAAUCCAAAUCGGCACACAUCUGCCGUGCGAGAAAGUCAUGAGGUGCCCCCAAAGAAAGGAUUUUUCNUUUUUUCUGAGCUACACCAGGUCUACAUUAUUCUUUCUUCGCUGGAUGAAAGCUAUGAUGAGUUUGUAUCUUCUCUUGAAAUUCUAACCCGACAGGACGUAACAUUAACUGAUAUGACUUCGCGACUGUUGGAAGAGUCAAGAAGAUCAUAUAGGUUUUGGGAGCAAGGCACAAUUAAGGUGUACCAUAGUGCUAACGCUAAAUUUCUAGAGAAUGUUGGGUGGAAUAGACUAGAAACCAAUGAUGAAGUAGUCAUUGACACCCAAGUAGACCAUGAGAGUAGGACAGAAAUAUCACAAUCAAGUAAUGAAGGGAAGAUGUCUACUCAGAAGGAGGAAGUAAUAAAGCAGGAGGACAUUCAACAGGCUAGUCCACCUAUAAGCCCCGAGUUACCCAGAUGUUCAACUCGAGUAACUCGGCCACCUGACAGAUAUCAGGCAUCUAUUGCAUGUCAGAUGGACAAGGUGCCUGCUACCUACCAUGAAAUGACUACAUAUCCCACUGAGGAUCAAAAGGGAUUUGAUCAGUCAGCUAAUGACUACGACAAAGUUUUUGCUCCUAGUUUCAAAGCAACCACAUUGCGUGCAGCAUUAGUAUGGGCAGUGAAGCAGAAGUAUGUGGUGCACCGCUGCAGCAUACCAUAUACAUGA